GUUCGUUUCAAGAUGGCGUACGUGCGCGACAGCGACACUUCGCUGUGGCUACACAACAAGCUCGGAACAAGCAACGACCUGUGGUCGGGUUAUUCCAUUUGUUCCCAGCUGAACCAGGAUGUGUUAAAAAACAUCAGGGAGUGUUUCAUUGACCUACAGUCUCAGGUUAAGCUAAAACUGUUACUUUCCUUCCUGCACAUACCGAGGCGCAAUGUCGAAGAGUGGAAGACUGAGUUGGAGGACAUUCUGGAAGUGGCAUCGGCCGACAGCGACCAGUGGGUCAGUAUGCUCGCUGAGCUGCUGCGCUCAUUUCCAGGCAGCGGAACGCUGAAUUUCAACAUUGAGGAGAACUCCGGCGUCUUUGUCGACCUCUGCAAUGACCUCCGAAAGCUAGUGAAAAAGCACGCUGACAAGAACAUCCUUCCCCUGGAGUGCCUGUACCUAAACAAACAUGCCUUGACCUGCACUUGGUCGGCCAGCUUCCAGCAGCCCGUCAAGCACUUUGCUCUGAAGCGCAAGCCCAAAUCGGCCGCCCUCCGUGCUGAACUGCUCCAAAAGUCACAAGACGCCUUGUCGAAUGCCAAGCGGAACACAUCGUCUUCAUCUGUGCCAAUUAGGUGUCGAGGGCUGACAAAGAACAUGAACGAUUCAAGCCCUCUGAGAGGUAUCCCAAGUCGUGUGCCAACCGGUGGCUUCAAGACGCCCACUAGUGGCAACCGUCUCAGUUCCGGUACUCCGCUCAGUCGGUCUCUCACCAAGCCUCUGGGGAACAAAAAAGAUGGCGGCAUCAAGCUGCUGGAUAUCAAUGAGCAACCACUUGGUUACGGAAGGGAUGCAAAACGGCGGAAGAAACCUACGGAAGAAAUACCCGAGAUGCAGAAAAAAGACAAAGAGGCACCGACUACUCCCACAACAUCUGCGGCACCUGUGACACCUGACUAUGCAGCUGGCCUGCUUUCAUCCUCGCAGCUCUCCUCAGUGCCAGCAUCUCCUGCUGCAUCUUAUGGCAUCCCUGCCACUGGCACAGCCUUACCAGCCAUUGCUGCUAAGACAAACCCACCGUUACAAGCCUCGGGUGGUGGUGGCAGCCAAACUGGGACCACAACCAAGCCAGGAGCUACGCUGGAACAGAGCACAGCUGCGCCGGCACAACCACACGAGGCCAUGCCACCCAGCACCAGUGUGGAUGCCAGCACAGGCAUGUCAUCAGCGGCAGCAACCGUGGUUGUUGCCCCUACGACAAGCACUGUGGUGUCUGUGUCUGCGCCGCCCAAUGCAGUGGUGCGCCGCACCACGGUUACCUUAGGGGAACUUGGCGCCCUCAACAGUGCCACCACCACCACGGCAGUGCAGCACAUUGCGGUGCAGAAAGUGCAGCCCGUGGUAUCGCAGCAGACGGCGGUCGUGGUGACCACCCAGCCACAGCAGCGCGUUGGACUCUCCCUCUCGUUGGACCAAGUUUCUGAGGCACAAGAGAUGUUCAAGAACUCCAACAAGGUGUCACGUUCCGAGAAGGCACUCAUUCUGGGUUUCAUGGCUGGUUCCAGAGCCAAUCCUUGCCCAGAACUCGGAAACCUUAUCACUAUCCGGCUGAGUGAAAACAAGGAAGAAAUUGUCCAGCCCAACGGCACUGUCAAGCAGGCCAUCGUGGAAACGCACUUCCAGAUGAACUACUCCACGGGGGAGUGGAAGCGGGUACGAAAGAUUCGGGAAGUCGAAGACUGAAAGGAAGAAAGGAAAAAUUUGCGUUGGCCAGGUGGACUUCGUCCUUUGUUUGAUUGUGGUGAAGUGAGAAAGGCCCGAGGCUCUAUAGAGGUGGCAUGGAUGUGACAUCACAUUACUGACGAGGCUCAUAUCAGUGUGUUUGAUGUGUCACAUCAAAAAGAAGGAGGAGGACUCCACAACUGCAAGUUUGAGGGUGUAACGCUACUGAUUUCCUCUUUGUCAUCUUUUUUUGUUUCUUUGCUUGGUUGUUUGUGCAUGUGUCCUGUGCAGGCAGCAAAAUUCAGUGCAGCUUCUUGUAUUGUUGUAUAAAAUGAAGUAAGGAAAAAAUGUCUGUACUUUAUUUCUGCCAUGCAUGUUAGUGAACGUUGUUAAUGGUGCAUUCAGACGACUGAUCGAAUCCGGGUGUGGCGGGACGAACGGCGCGUCACGUGACCUUGCAGCAGCGAUUCCCCUCGUCUGCGCGGCUCGCGGACGGAUGACCUCAACCUAUUUCUCACAUCGGGAUUCUGGCGGGAGAGAGCCGGUAUUUCAGCGGAAUAGCUCAGGCUUGGUGGCAACUUU